AUGGCCACAACUCUGACCCAGACUAUCCCCUCGACCAUCAGAGUGACUGCAGACACUCCCAAGUCUGUAUCUCCAGAGCUGCCACUCGAUCUGUCCAAAUACCCCAAACUCUCUCCACAGCAGGUCGGUCAUCUACGACACUUCCAUAACCUUGCAUUUCAGCAAGAUGGAGAAUGGAAGCACAUGGGCGUUCUCGAACCCGGCCAGGAGUUCCUCGAUGCUUAUCGUUACCAGCUGGCCACCAUGAGCUACGCAGCGGCUCUUGCGCACUACCACCGCUUGCCAGCUGUGCGAACCAUAUUCAAGCCUCUGAUGCGUCAAUUGAUUCACAAGAUGCUCCGUCGUGAUGUCUGGGGCUACUGGUUCAACACCUCCCACGGUGGGAUCUUGACUGAUCCAUCCUUGACCGAACUACGGAAACCCUGGGCUGAUCCCGUGGUCAAGGAGAACAUCAUGUACAGCGGUCACUUACUACUCAUGACCAGUCUGUAUGGCAUGCUCUUCGAUGACGAUGAAUUCGAAAAGGAAGACUCGAUCGUCUUCAGAUGGGAUCCCAUCUUCUGGGGUCUUGGUGCCGAAGACUUCAAGUAUAGCAACCGGACUUUGCAGCAAACCAUCCUGGAUGAGAUGGAACGAAAUGGGUGGGUUGGUGUUUGUUGUGAACCGAAUGUUGUCUUUGUGGUCUGUAAUCAAUUUCCGCUCAUCGCCAUGCGCUACAAUGAUGUUCGCGACGGCACAAAUCGAAUGGAUGAAAUCCUCCCAAAGUACAAAGAAGGAUGGGCCAAGAAGAGGGGCAUGGUUGCCACCGAUUCCAAUCUCUUCAAUGACUGGUGGAUGGUCAAGCAAGACUUUGUCGUGCCAGCCCGAGAUCUAGCAUUCACUGCAUGGGCCGCCGCAUUCAUGAACAGCUGGAACUCGGAGCUCGUCCACAAACUCUACGAGAAACAAUCUUUCGGCUUCAUCACCCACAGCGCGACUGGAGAAACCAACAUCCAACCACCCAUCGUGGCCAAAUACAUCCGCGAGAUCUCGGCCGAAGAACCCAACACUCCAGUCACGCAGAUCCUCCCCAAAGCCGUUUCGAAAGCCCAAGCCGAAAUCGCCGCCUCCAAAGGCCCCGCAUUCCCUUACAACAAGCCCGCCCUCGGCUACGUCCUACAAUGGCAAUCCGAACUCGGGCAAACCUUCGACCUGGAGGGUCUGCUCGCGUACGCCGACAACAACCUGAACCCGCAGUGGGAAGACGGCGGGCUCUUCUACCGACGCAACGACACGGCCUUCACCUUCUCCGACCCCAACUCCACAGACGAUCAACCCAGCGUGAACUGGACAUUCAUGUCCCCGUACACGGGCAACGCCGCGAUCGGGUACUCGCGGCUCAACGUGCCCGACGGACAACGCAUCAUGUACGAGAAGCCGUGGACGGCGGCCCACCUCCAGCGCACGCCGUAUAUCGACAACCUACAUUUCGUGGGCGAGAACAAGGGCGUCAGCGUGCUGCGCGGCCUGUGGGAUGCAGACGUCAACGCCCUGCUUCUCACCGUCAAGGGCUGGGAUUAUAUCGGCAAGGGCUGUGAGGAGCACGUCGUCAUUAGUCCCAUCGCUAGGAAUCUACCUUUGGGCACCUGGGCACUAUAUGUUCAGGGGAAGCUGGUGGUCGCCAGGGAUGUCAGUGGGGAGCAAGGGGAGGGGUUCGAAGCUGCCGUGUCGGUUAGGAGGGGCGAGGAGGUCGAUGUCGUGUUUUUGAAGGUCUAA